AUGAAGUUUGGAAGAUAUUUAGCGGAGAAUCAAACUCCUGAAUGGAAAAGAGCUUACAUCGAUUAUCGAAUAUGCAAGAAGAAGAUCAAAGUUGUAGCCAAAAGACUUGGUCAAUUGAAAGAUAUUCACGGUGGUCCCAUACAGGGUCAAGGCGUAGAAGCAGAAGACGAUGAUGGUGAUGACUCCUCAGGUGCAGAUGAUGAUCAUGGGCCGUCAGCGGUACCGAAAGAUAAGAGUAAAUCAUCAGAUAAAGGUUCUUUGAGAAGUAAAGUCGGUAGUAUAGCUGCUACCCCACGAUUGAACAGAUGGACUUCCCGAGCAUCGGAAAGAAGUCAAAGAAGUCAACAAUACGGAGCGACGGGAACUAGUCCAAGACCACCUCAAUCACAUUCCGAUAGAAACGUACCGCCUCCUCUAGAUUUAGGUGAACCUGGAGUUGAUCAAGAUGAUACACCUCAGCUUAGUCGUAGUCCUGCUCCUACCCCUCAACAAGUCUUGGAUCAAGAUAAAUCACAAUCACACUUACAACCUCGAUCACCGUCACAAGAUGGUGAAAGAUCGAAUCGACCUAGAAAAGGAGUGGUCUUUAGUCCAAAUCUGAAAGCAGACGCAAUAGUGGAAACUACGAUCGAGGAACAGUCUGAAACUGAUCAAUCGAGACAAUCAAGUAGUGAUGCCAACAGAGAAAACGACGAUGACACUAGACCUUUGACUAGAGCAGGGCAAGAAGAGGCUGAUGCUUUGAAAAAUGAUAAGAAAAACUCAAACUCAAAAGGAAUAUCAAUUGGUAGAAGUCCUAGACUGUGGACUCCCAGGUUGAAUUCAGGACAAGGUAGUUUUUCCGGAAAUAGCCCAAAAACCGGUACUGGAAAUGCCAGUAUUCCUCAAACUGCAGAAACGUUCAAAGGCGGUAAAAGCCCUGGAUUAGGUCCAAGAAGUCUGAGAUCGAUGACUCUUCCAUCCCCUGCACUUCCGAUGAGAUCUCCGGGACCACCUAUCAAAACAGCAGAUAAUUUCGAAGAAUUGUACAAACAAUUAGAGCCGGAUGAACAAGAUUUCUUUGAUUUCUUAGAACAUGAAUUGGAUAAAGUGGAGAAUUUCUAUCUUGCUCGAGAAGGAGAAGCGAUGAGACGUGCACAUGAUCUGAAAGAUCAAUUGAAAGAAUUGGCUGAACAUAGAAAGAUAUAUCAUGAAUUAUAUCCUGCAGGUAUACCUGAGUGGGAAGCGAAAGUUGGAAAACUAUUACCUAAUGCCGCUGCUCAAGUCACUGCUCCUGGAAUCGCGAAAUUGAGACAUAGACUUGGAUUCUCGAAUUCCAAUGAGGAAUCGAAUGGUCAUGGAAACAACGAUGAUAGUGGGGAUGUCAAUAAUCAGAAAUCGUCAAAUUUACAGGUGGAGGAAAAUAGACAACCUGGACAAAGGUCAAAUUCACCCUUGAUGAUGAACGAACAUGAAAGAACUAGUUUAAGGGAAGCUAUGAAAGCUGAUAAAGAUCAUCAGACUUAUAAUCCUGAAAGAUAUCAGAAAUAUAAGAAAGAACUGAGAACGGCUGUAUUGGAGUUCUACAGGCAAUUGGAGCUGAUUAAGAAUUACCGAAUCAUGAACCUGACUGGAUUUCGAAAAGCUCUGAAGAAGUUUGAAAAGACGACUAAGAUCACAUGCCUCGAAAUGUAUACCGAUGAGAAGAUAUCAAAAGCGACUUUCUCGCAAUCAGAAGCCAUUGAUGGUCUGAUCAAACAAAUAGAAGAUCUCUUCACAUCACAUUUCGAACAUGGAGACAGCAAGAAAGCUAGAGAUCGAUUGAGGCGUCAAAUGGCUGAAAAGACGCAUUACGAUAGCGUUUUCAGAUCUGGCAUAAUGCUUGGUAUAGGAUUACCAGCAGCUGUUCUCGCCCUGGUGGAAUCUGGCAAACCUCACGUUCGAGCGGAACUCCCAGCUUGGGGAGGUCUACUUCAAGUGUAUGGUGGAUUGUACCUCCCAGUGAUGUUCGCAAUGCUGUUUCAGUUGAAUCUCAGCGCUUUCGUAGCUGCGAGAAUCAAUUAUGAGUUUGUCAUGGAGCUUACGAGACCUACAAUCGAUUAUCGAUCCUUCUUAGAGAUUCCCGCUUUUCUAUUUUUAACUCUUUCAUAUUGCUUCUACUUUUCUUUCGCUCAGGUUGGAAGUUCGAACGUUGCCCCCACCACGUGGCCAGCAGCAUGGCUGGUCUUCGUAGCUGUAUUCUUCCUGAACCCAUUACCAAUCUUGCGACGAGGAACUCGGUAUUGGUUACUAAGAGUGUUGUUCAGAGUUUGUACACCGGGAUACAGCAGAGUAGAGUUCAUAGCGUUCUUUCUGGCGGAUGAGCUCAAUUCACUUGCAUAUUCGAUUCAAAAUAUCUUUUUCCUAUCUUGCGGAUACUCCAAGAACUGGCCUGGUGACGUCUUGACCGUUUGUCAUUCGGCAAAGACUUGGCCAUAUGCUUUAUUGGCUUGUUUACCAGCUGGAUCACGUUUCGUUCAGUGUUUGAAACGUUAUCAUGAUUCUAAACUGAACAUACAUUUGAUUAAUGCUGGAAAAUACCUGAGUGUAAUUUUGCAACAAUGUUUGUUCAUCUAUUGGAGAUCAAGAGGUAGUUUGUCAAACGAUCGUUCUUUCAUUGUAUGGAUCAUCGUCGCUACAGCGAGUGCCGCUUACACUUGUACCUGGGAUCUGGUAAUCGACUGGAGUUUGUUCAGACCACAAUCUGGCUUAUUGCGAAAAGAUUUAGGAUAUUCAAUGAGAUUUGUAUAUUACAUGGCUAUGGUCUCGAAUUUCCUGAUCCGUUUCGUAUUUCUCUGGUACCUCCCUUUAUCGACUCAAAACGUCAGAUUACGAUCGUUCAUCUUUGCUUUGGCGGAAAUGCUGCGGCGGUGGCAAUGGAAUUUCUUCCGAGUCGAGACUGAACAUCUAGGUAAUGCAGAUGCUUAUCGAGUCACGCGAGAAAUUCCGCUACCGUAUCGAAGAAUCAAUAACGAUUCAGAUGAAGAUCAUGAAGCAGAUGACUCUGCGACGGGUGAGAAAUCGAAGAUCAACAGUAAAAGGAGAUUUACAUUAUCUAUACAAUUGGAUAAGAUAAGAAAGAAAAUGGCUGAUAAAAAGUUGGAAAGAGAACAACAAGGUUUAGAAGGAAGAGGACCUGAUGCGUUAAACGCCGGACCGAGAGGUCAUAAACCUCAAAGAGAUUAUGAAGCUAGAAGACCAGGUGAUUUGAGUGGGAACGAUACUCCAUUAGGACCCAAUGCUGUUUAG